AUGAAAAGAAAACCCACACAGUUGCCUAGCGACAAACCUAAUCCUUACUCUCUCCUCAUUAACAUCGGCCACCCUUCAUCAUCCUCACUUCAUCAUCUUCCUCACGAAACCCUAUUCCGCCGUCAAACCUUCAUCCGCCUCCGCCAUUACGAAACCACCACCACUGCCGCCGACGCCCAAACUGGAAGCUCCCUUACCAGAGUCCAAACCCUCUAUCGACACCACCUUAAUUCAUAUCCCAUCUCACUCGAGAUGGUUCUCAUGGAAUUCCAUUCACGAUCCGAAAUCAGAAACAUUCCCGAUUCUUCCAAAAACCCUAGGGUUUACAAAUACUACAGAAACUCAAUCGUCAAGUUUUUCAGAUUCAAUCCCAAUAGAAAAAUAACCUUCACCGAUGUUCGCAAAACACGCGUCGGAGACGUCGGUUCAAUCAGGAGAGUCUUCGAUUUCCUAGAAGCUUGGGGUUUAAUCAAUUACCAUCCUUCUUCUUCGCUCGCAAAACCUUUCAAAUGGGAAGAUAAAGACACCAAAACCGAAUCAGCUUCAAAUUCCACUGAUUCUCCUCCAGCUCCUAUCAAAGAAACCGCUAAGAGAAUCUGUAGUAACUGCAAAAAUCUCUGCGCCAUUGCUUGCUUUGCGUGUGAUAAGAAUAAUAUGACUCUAUGUGCGAGGUGUUUUGUUCGCGGCAACUAUAAAGUUGGGACGAGUAAUACUGAUUUCAAGGAGUGGAGAGGGAUGAGCGAAUUUGAAGAGUGA